CAAUUUUCAUUUCCCCAAAUUUCCUUCUCUUUUAAAGUUAAACAGCAAGUUUUUUUUUGGGUCUCAGCGAUCUCUGCUAAAAUUAUGGAUGAAGAAGCGGUCAAGGAAGAACAUUGCGUAGCAAUGUUGACAGAUAAUGAGGAAACUUGCUGGGGCUGUGGGUUACGCAUUAUUCUGCCAUCGCAUGCACAUAUAUUUAAAUGCUUAUGGUGUGGUGCGAUCACUAAUCGAAAUCAUAGUUUGAGGAAACCUGAUAGUGCUUGCUUUUCUCGGUGGAGGCUUAUAAGGGACCGAUCCUUUGUUGCUAUUGUUGUACUCUUCAUACUGUUCGUGUUAUGUGCUGGUGUAUGGGCAGUCCACCCAAUUAUUUUUUCCAGAAGUUACUUUUGGGGCAUGUUCCACUGCAUUGUAACAUCUAUUUUGGCUAUUUGUACCACCUCUAGUUUCUGCUUGGCAGCAUUUAGCUCCCCUGGGGCACCACUAAAAAUUUCCUGGGGUAGCUAUUCACUUGUAGCAAAAGAUGUUUUGGAUAACUAUACUUUUUGUGAGUUUUGUAAAAAGCCGAAGCCUCCAAGGGCACAUCACUGUCGGUCCUGUAGAAUGUGUGUUUUGGACAUGGAUCAUCACUGCCCCUUCAUUGCAAACUGUGUUGGAGCAGGAAACCACCGAUCUUUCAUUGCGUUCCUUAUCUCUAUAGUUACCAGUUGCAUUUACAUAUUUAUGAUGACUACAUUUACUGCAUAUCAUGUGUGGCCUCAUGUAGAUUACCGAAAUGUUGCCUUUCUUGGGUCCAAAAAUGUAAACAGUGGGAGGAUUUUAAAGGAAAUUAUUGCUACAUUUGCAAGCUCAAUAAUGCUCUUAUCCGCGAGAGGCUUUGUACUUGUAUAUUUGGCAUUUGCUAGUGUAGCUGUUGAAAGUGGUUUAAGUGUGUUGUUAUGGCAGCAGCUCCAUUAUGUUUAUGAAGGCAACACAUAUCUUAAUCACAUAAAUUCGACGGGUGUGAAUGGUGAUAAGGGCUGUCAUAAUCUUUUGCGCUUCUUUGGUUGCCCAUACUCGGCUUUUAGAUUUGUAUUGGGCCCUGCUGGUGCUGCAAAAUCGCUAGAAUCGGAAAGCUUAAAGCUCUUAUGAAGGUUCAGGUUACAUCCAUCACCAUGCAACUGUAGUGUCUAACAUCAAAAUCUCAUCUGGGUCUUGCCAGCUAUCAUUACUUGACAGCCACUAAGUUGGAAACAAGCCUAUUGGGCUCUUGCACAAAAGCUGCACAUUUGAAACUUUAGCAAUGGACUGCAUCUUUAGGAAGGCUAUUCAAAGUCUAUUGCUUUAACAGGAUCCAAGCGAUGGGAAGAGAAUUUAGCAACUGGAGUUUAACAGUCUGUUGCAUUCUUCAAUCCAUGUGUGUUGUAUUGGUACAAGAUGAUGAUAAUUCUGAUUAUUGAUAGAGUGAUAAGAGUUGAUCUUUCUUUGUUGAUUCUACUCAACGUCGAUAUUGGUAUAUUCUUAAUGUUUAGUUCAUUUCUUCAA